AUGGUCAAAAACAUUCUCUUGCUCUUUGCCGUCGGGGUUACCGUAUCUGCCGAGCUGAGUUGCGAAGAUGGGUGGACGUUGGGCAAGGGCACGGAGAAAUGCUACAAGAGCCUUCCGGGCCUAAUGGAAUACGAUGCAUCGAAGGCUGCGUGCGAUGCACUUGGGGCCGGAUUACCCGCCAUUCAUUCGGAAGCGGAAAAUGCGGCUGUUUACGCAUUUACCCGUGACGGCGAACAUGUGCGACUCGGGGCGACACGGUUCGGCAGCGGGAAAUAUGACUUCAAAUGGACCGAUGGGUCCGAGAUGGAUUACAAACGUUUCAACGACGAGUACAUGGACAACACAUUGAAUCUGGAGAAUUGUUUUGACAUGUGGCCUGAGGACCGUUGGAACGACAACCGGUGCUACGUUCCGGAAAUAGUGGUUUGCCAGAAACCUGCAAGCAACGACGGUGGCACUCCAGACCCGAAUGCACCAUCAAAAGACCCGAAUCAAGGAGCGAACGGCGGUACCACUCCUGUGAAUGGCCCGUCGAAAGGGGGUGGUGGCGGCGGUAGCGUUGGGACCACUCCUCCACCGGCUGCACCUUCGAAAGAUCCCAGCAAA